AUGGAAUCCUCAGAACAAAAUCCCUCAAGGGAAAACUAUACUACAGUGGUGGAAUUCAUUCUAAUCAGUUUCUCUGACGUUCCUGAACUUCAAGGAUUUCUUUUUGGAGUAUUUUUGACAAUCUAUGCAACAAUUUUGAUGGGAAAUAGCCUGAUUCUUAUAAUAACCAAAACUGAUGCUUCCCUCCAGACCCCCAUGUAUUUUUUCCUUGGGAAUUUUUCUUUCUUGGAAAUAUGCUUUGUGUCAGUCACUGCCCCCAGAUUACUAGCAGAUCUUUGUAGACAAAACAGAAAUAUUUCCUUUGUGGCCUGUGCUAUUCAAAUGUAUUUUUUUCUAAUCUUGGGUGCUACUGAGUGCUUUUCUCUCACUGUAAUGGCUUAUGAUAGGUACGUCGCCAUUUGUAACCCAUUACUGUACCAUCUUAUCAUGAACAAUAGAUUUUGCAUUCAAUUGGCAAUGGUCUGUUGGGUCAGUGCAAUUCCAUUAUACACUGGGUUCACCUACCAUGUCUUCUCUCUAUCCUUCUGUGGUCCUAAUGAGAUGAAUCAUUUCUUCUGUGACAUACCACCAGUAGUUAAGCUUGCUUGUGGGGACAUAUUCAUGACUGAGAUGUUUGUUUAUGCAAUUGCUGUUUUUGUUGCUGCCACUCCUUUUAUACUGAUACUGGGAUCAUAUGUGAACAUCAUCUCUACUAUUCUGAAGCUGCCAUCAGCAACUGGAAGAGCCAAGGCUUUCUCUACUUGCUCUUCUCAUCUCACUGUUGUGAUUUUAUUUUUUGGAUCUGGCAUCAUUGUAUACUUUAAACCAAUAUCCAGUCCUUCCACUGGCAUGGAGAAAAUAUUAUCCCUAAUAUAUACCAUUGUCAUACCCAUGUUUAACCCAAUGAUAUACUGUUUGAAAAACAAAGAUGUUAUGGUGGCACUGAGAAGAUUUCUACUAAAAUUCAAAAGCAUAGCAUUUUACUCUAAAGCAUAA